UUAACUUCAGACAUUUUCCACUUCCUUUCUCAUUAACAACUGCAGCUAACAAUUCAAAAUCAAUCAUAAGGAUGGACGCCGAAUAUGAUACAAUACCGAAAGUGGUUAUAUAUAUUAGACAAUACUGCAUACCGAUUUUCUUGUGUCUUUCUUUGGUGGGCAACAGUCUAUCCGUGUGUGUACUCUUUUGCACAAAACUACGUUACCAUUCAUCCAGUAUCUACUUGGGUGCACUUGCGAUGAGCGACAUUGGUGUGUUAGUGACGUCAUUCAUGUUAUGGUUGUUUUUCAUGGAAAUUCUACUUUAUGAAUUUUGGUUGACCAUUCUUUUCAUUGGUUUACGAUUUUUAUUUUGUUUCCUGAGUGUGUGGAUUGUAGUGGCCUUUACAGUUCAACGAUAUAUAGCGAUCAAGUGGCCACUUCGUCGCUCCUUGUGCACAGUUAAUCGAGCGAUAAUCACAUUGAUUGUACUGGCGGGAUUAGCAGUUUUAUACUCUAUCCCUUGGUUUAUUCUGUUCAGUAUUUUGGCGUACAAUCUAUUACCUAGAGAAUAUAAUACAAUGAAACUCUGGAUAAUAAGUGUAAGCGCCAUUGAUACUAUCAUAACGUUUGUCUUACCAGCAAUAAUGAUAGCAAUUUUUAAUGGCCUAAUAAUGUACAACAUUCGCAAGCAUAAUCGUAUCCAAAGAAACUUGAUUUUAAGUUCUGCUGCUUCCAAUAAGAAAACACAAAGUUCUGACAAUGAAGAGUCACACAUUGAAGUCACAAAAAUGCUUGUUAUUAUUUCAAGCUUAUUCAUAUGUUUGAAUAUACCUCUACAAAUAGGGAAUGCGGAUAUUUACAACCUUUAUCCCAUUGGCAUAUUUUUAAAUCUUAUAAGUUACGGAAUAAACUUUGUUCUCUACAGCGCAACUGGGAAGAAUUUUCGCAAAGAAUUGAUUCGCAUCUUUACAAAACGUUCAGAUAGUACAUAGAAUGAACGAAGGUAUAGACAUGAAAAAUUUUGCGGAACAAUGCGAUUGAUACUUUAAUCAUUCAAUUGUUAUAAGGUUUAGUAUUUAUGCUUAAAUAUACUUGGACAAAAGGAACGGGACUCGUUUGUUAACAAUACGUAAAAUGAAAAAUUCUUGAGAAACGCUUAAACUCUUGUUCACGAUAUCACAAUAUAGUAUAUAAAUAUAGUUAAGUAUAAAUAGUUCAAUAAGCACGUUAGAAGUACUGAAAGAUAUUAAAAGUAUCAAGAUAAGAAAGAUGCAUACACCGAUACAGUGCACGGAAAAAUAUUGCAACAAUUAUACGUUCUUCAACUAGUAGAUCCACACAAAGAAAUGUUGUAAAA